CUAACUUAAACAGCCACCCCUGUACACAUAGGAGGAACAGGGUGUGUUUGUGUUACAUAGGAAGAGUCGUGGACCAAAUCUGAGAGGCAAAAGCAGGCAGAAACAGCAAGACAAGGAGCAAAUGACAGCCCGAUAGUUUGAGUGACUCUGACAGCGCCUGCAGUGAAGAAAGGACAGAGUCAAUGAGUGGUGGGACCUUACUUAACGACAACAAGCUCAUCCACCUGUUUGGCAUAAGGGGCUAUUGUUUGACUGGCCUCUGGAUAAACCUUUUAAAGGAAAUCUUAAAGGAGAAGACUUUUCUACACUUUAAUCUUUUGAUACUCCGGACAAUUUGUUGAGUAAACAAAGAAAAACUUAUUUCAAGGGACAUGGACUACAGAUUUGUGUAAGACUAUACAACUUUACUAUACAACUCUAACACUGUUUCUAAUUCUAAAACACUGAAAACUGACUGACUCCUGGAUAUGUCAUUUUCAGACUUCUUAUACUUGGUUUUAGAACUGUGCAGCUAAGGAAAAACAAAAACAUAUUUUAUUCUGAAUAUCUUUUAUUAAUCUUUUUAUUGUUCUAAGUUACUUUAUAAACUUACACAUAACCGUGUAUGAAUGUAACUUGAUCUUAAGCGUACAGCUGUAAUUACAAAGCGAGCUCAAGAAAGCAGACAUUUGUAAUUAAGGGCCAUCUAUAAAAGGAAACCAGGGAAAGGGUGAGGCCUAUGUGACAAGGGCACCAACACAGAGAACGGAACAUUAAAAAUCUCACCAAGUAAAACACAGCUGCUUCUGAAGGACAACGUGCACAAUGGAUCAUCAAGGAGGACACUACCUCAACAAAGAAGCUGUGCUAUCACCUUUGGGUGCAGCCCGAAUGUGCCAGCUACUACUUGGCUGCACCAUAUUGGCCCUGGUUUCCCACAAUGCAGGCUACAGCGCUAAUUAUGGAACUUUCUGCAUGUUUGCUUGGUGCUUCUGCUUCAUUAUCACAAUGGUUGUGUUCACCUUGGAUAUUACACAGCUCCACACUUGCAUGCCAAUUUCCUGGGAUAACUUCACUGUGGCCUAUGCCAUGCUGGCGACACUCCUGUACGUCACUGCCUCUGUGGUCUACCCUGUUUACUUCCUCCAAGCAGAGUGCUCUAAUGAGGGCUGUGAAGUCCAAAUCUACCGCAUCACUGUCACUGUCUGCUCCAGUGUCUGCUGCUUCCCCUAUGGAGCGGAAGUGUUCCUAACGCGAGCCAAACCAGGAGCUGUGGUGGGUUACAUGGCCACUGUGUCAGGUCUACUCAAGGUGGUCCAGGGUUUUGUGGCGUGCAUCAUUUUUGGGGCCCUGGCUAAUGACAGUGAGUACACUCACUAUAUUGCCACUCAGUACUGCGUAGUGGUCUACAGCCUGUGCUUCUCUGUUACUACACUUGUAGUCAUAAUAACAGUCUCCGGUAGGACCUCAGCCCUGCGGAUCCCAUUUGAUCGGUUUGUGAUUAUCUACACAUUUUUUGCUGCUGUCCUCUACCUCAGCACUGCACUUAUCUGGCCCAUCUUCAGUUUUGAUAAGAAGUAUGGCACCACUACCCGUCCUGAGGACUGCCCACGUGGAAAUUGUCCCUGGGAUAGUAAGCUGGUGGUGGCAGUGUUUACCAACGUCAACCUGGUGAUGUAUUUUGUUGAUCUCGUUUACUCCCAGAGAAUUCGCUUUGUCUCCAGCUCUGCCGUGUAACCCCACAGGCCCUUUUUUUAAAGAAAACUUAACAAAAAGGAUACAUCAAGCAUGCUGUCCAUCCCCGGGUCUGUGUAAAAGACAGCUUUUAUUAUCAGUAUUCAUGUAGUCCUGAGACAUACUACAACACUUUCUUUCGUUCUGUUUUUGGUGACUUACCACGGAGAGCCUGCCGGGUGCACCACUGGCGAGCUAAUCUGUGUCUUAGUCCACAAGAGAUCCUCCAAAAUGUGUCCCUCUGUGCACCAAGUGUAUACUUCUACUGACAGCUUUUGUGGUGUCAUGCAUUACAGAUUGAUAACAAUGUGUAAUGUUAAGAGUAUCUGAACAUCUGAGAGACCCGUUUAGUCUUAAAAAGAAUAAGCAAUUUAUUUAACUGAAAAUAAAAGGGGUGAUAAUAUAUAAAAAAUAAAGAUGCACAGCAUAAUGUAGUAACAUUAUAUAUGAUGUUUUAGUUUUGAUUUAAAUCUAUAUUCUCUAGUUUGUAUUAUAAUCCUUAUUUGCAUUUGCGAUAUCAGAUUGUUGAGUGUUUCUUAUUUUGCCAUGUUUGUAAUAAAUUUCGAUGUUCAAUGAAAAGGCCAAAUGUAUGUUUGAUAUCCAUAACAAUUUCUUUGUGCAAAGUAGUCUUCAUACAAAUGUUGUCAAUGAAGACAUUUUCUGUGUAGUUAAAAGCCUAAGUUAGAUCUGGACUGUUUUUCCAAAUACACGUACACUCACCGGCCACUUUAUUAGGUAUACCUUGCUAGGGUUGGGCCCCCCUUUGCUUUCAUCACACAGU